UCGAUACUUUACCACAUCAAGGUGCCCUUCAAGGUUAUCUUUCCGACCAUCUACCUUCUCUGGCGCUAUGGAAGACGGGUGAAUUCGUCAGAGACAGCUAACUAUUUCGCUAUCUUAUGCUUGUUCACGCUGCACCAGCAUUCUGGUGCCUACCAAGUCAGUUACUGCCAUGGAUCCCUUCUCCCUCACUGCAGGCGCUCUUCAGAUAGCUGCUGCCUGUGUUUCAUGCACCAGUACCGUGAUCAAGAUAUACGGGGACAUCAAUUCUGUCGAUGCCCGAAUCCGGUCUUUCUGCGACGAAGUGGCAGCUCUGCGAGCAACUUACGAGGGCCUUGAGAAGAGCCUGUCUUCUCCUCCGCUGGCAGAGGCGGUGCGCGUGGCCAAUAAGACCAAUGACGGCGCUCAUUUGUGGCAACAAAUCAAAGAUGCACUUGAGGACUCCAAGAAUACCAUGAAACGAGUCAAUGAGAUCCUUACCCAGAUUGCCAAAAUAUCUGGAUUUGCACGGAAGGUGAAGGCCCAUUUACAAGAGAAUCUCCACAAUGGCGAGCUGUCUCGCCUCCGCCAGCGCAUCCAGUUCUUCAAUUCGGCCCUGUCGCUACCGAUCCAGAUGGUCUGUGUCAUGCUCCAACUUGAACAAAGAGGAAUCACAAUCGAGCACCAGACAUCAUUGGAUGCGAAGCUCAUCACGCUUGAGCGAACCAUGAAGGUGCUCGUUCAGAGUCUCAACUCCCCCUCGCGUUUGCAAUCGCUGGGCGGCUCUACCAUCGCGGCUACGGAGAAAAUACAAUCGGGCCACGAUGAUGGGAUGAAGACUUAUCUUGCCUUUGCCAAACAAUUUCUGAGCACCGCCUCCGCUGCAGCCAGCACGAGAUCUUCGUUGAGUACCAUCUCGCCAGCUAUCGAGCCAGAAGCCCUUCGUGACGUACCGAUGACGCCUGCCAACGAGGCGCCACUCUCAACGACAGAUCGCAGAGAUCGCGUCGAGGGUUGGAUCCAACCUCCUUCCCCUUCUCCUCCACAAUCAGGUGGCUUCGCUCGACAGGCCUCUAGGUCCGGCAGAGGUCAUCCACAGGUUGGCUCGGAGGUGGAGUUCCUGCGAGCCCAAAACCAUCUGAAAUUGGGCCAGGACAGCUUCGAAGAAGGUGAAUAUGCAAAGGCAGAGCGGCAUUUCCGAAAGGCUCUCGCUCUGAUGGAGCGGCAUGAUUUUGAGGGUAGGAUAUCUUUUCAGCCUGCGGAGGUAGUUCUUAUGCUGGCUGAUUGCUGUCGGCAGCAAGAGAAGCUUGACCAAGCGGUCGAGUUGCUGCAACCGGUUGCGGCCAUGCGCAGUGAUAUCUUCCCGUCUGGCCCGAAGGAUCAGACCUGCUCGAGCGAGACGCAGGCGUUUUCACAUCAAAUUCCCGACAAACUGCAGGCACUGGCGGCAAGUCACAUGCUAGGACGUGUAUUCAUCUUAAAGAACGAUUUCGACGCCGCGGAGGAGCACGGGCUUCGAGCGUUCAUGGAGCGUCGAAAAGAACUCGGGCCACAAGAUGAGAAAACGCUAGAGUCUGUGCAGCUGGUCAUCGAUAUCUACCGAGCACGGGGUGACGAUGGCGAUGAAGAGGAAGCCGAAGGUUACGAGGUGUUUCUCUCACCGCCCGAGAAGCCGACACCCACGCCUUCCACCGAGAAGCUCUUGAGCAAGGUCGAAGUGCUGCAGCUCAGUCCGGCCCUGGUGUCACCGGAAUCAGCCCCUGUUCCAGAAGUGCAGAACAACCAUAGACCUAAGCUUAUGAACCGACUACUGCACCGUGGUCGUCCCUCGCAGUCAGAUCCGACUUCCUAUUCGCCGUCGCCAGAAUUGUCCAGGCUGUCCAUUUCUAAGUCGAUAACACUGAACAAUCUACAGGACAUUGACACGGCUGGUCAAUCCGGGUUCCGGGGACUAAGCUCACCCUCGGAAACGUCGACCUACGAUCGCUCUUUAUCUUUUCAUGACGAUAGUUCAAUAACGACCCCGGGGAGCGCUCAGCUCGAACGAUCUUCCUCCAGCAAAACCCUUGAACCUACUUAUCAAGCUAUAGCAGACCUCUGCAACGAGAGAAGACUCGACAAGGCGGCAAAGGUUGCGAUGCAGUAUUUGAAUACCUACCAGUCCAAUUAUAUGGUCAUCCGGAAGCCGGAACUUAGGGACAAUAUCCGGAAUGGGACCGGCUAUGGUCUCGCCAGGACCGGGCGCGGAUAUGCGCCCCUCCAUUUCUUCUGCGAACUGAAGGAGGAACAUGCGGAGGAGGUCAAUCUAUUGAUCAAGCAUGGUGUGGACGUCAACGCCAUUGCUUUUCAAGCCGGCUAUACCCAGUCCAAUCCUAAAGAUCCUUUCACGGCCCUGCACCAGGCCACCGAGAGGGGCUUCUCCACCAUCACAGGCCUGCUGCUGGCAACAACGGGCAUCAAGACCGACCUCCGCGACCCGGAAGGGUACACACCGCUGAUGGUGGCUUGUAGGAAGGGCCAUCACAAUAUCGUGAAGCAGCUGCUGGAAUUCCCACUGCCGACCGAAUUCCCCGCGACAUGGCAUGGAAACACCCUUCUUCAUGACGCAGCGAGACGGUGUGACCCAGUGCUGGUUGAGAUACUGUUGGAACAUACCACUUUCAUCGAUGAACGGGAUCGGUUCAGCAAGACGGCGCUGAUGCACGCGGUGGUCAAGGCCGACAUCGCGGAUCCCUCGGAGAAAAGGCGACGGAUCAAGGGCAGGUGUCAGACGGUGCGAAUCUUGCUGGAGGCAGGAGCCGACCCUACACUUCGGGACCACAGGACCAACAAGACGGUGCGAGACUACGCCGUGGAAGAAGAUGACGCCGAAUUGUUGAUGCUCCUGGGCCAGAUCCCCAGAGCGGGCAUUAGCGAGCUGGUGGCAUGAAGUUGCUUGCUUGUUUCGGACUGUGUCCGAGUAAUGUUGGAUGAACUCAUUUCCUCGUCUUGGAGGAUUGUCGCAGCCAUGUAGCAUCCAUGUAGUAACAGAAUUUCUUGGACUUCUC